UUUUGGAGGAUUACAGCACUGAGAUUUCUGGAGUCUGCUGUAUCUAGCCAUAAUGAGUUCAUCGUUGGUUGCUUAUGAUGAUUCAGACUCUGAGGCAGAAAUGGAAAAGACUGAAGUUCCUGAUACAUCUAGUAGAGGAACAAGCCUUCCAAGUUCUUCUGUAAAUCAUAUUCAGUAUUUUGCACCUGGUAGUUUGUGCACAAAAUCUAUAUAUGAAAUGCAACCUGCUGAGAACACUGACCGUUCUGGCAUGGGUAUUAUUUAUGAAGAUCCCCCUGAGUAUUAUACUCGGAAUAAUAACCCUGAUUUGACGUCUCCUUAUUGUAGGAGAGCUCCCCCUAGCCACGCUGUAUUAUGCAUGUCCAACAGAAACUAUGAACAGACAUCAAGCUCUUCAAUAAACCCUGGCAUUUCUCCUCAGAAGAGAAUACAUAAAGACAGUAUUACUGCCAUAAAGGGAAUUAGACCAUAUAUCCCUAAAAGACUGCGUCAAGAAAAUUCUGGUACGUACAAAGAAAAAGAAUCUGAUCAGGGAGAAAACUCAAACUGUGAUGUUAAGUUAGGCAUAUCAGGAGAGCAGACUUUGACAAAAAUCUCUGAAUUAAUUAAGCCUUAUUUAGGAUCCAAAUACAAAUUCACUGAAGUCCCCAAAAACUUAGUAUUUCAUAUAUCUGAACACAGUGGUCCUGUUAAUGAGAUCCAGUGGUGUCCUGUACGAGAACAGAGUCACAUGCUUCUCUCAGCUUCCAUGGAUAAAACAAUCAAGGUGUGGGAUGCUGUAGAUGCAGGCUGCUGUUUAAAAACAUACUCCUGUCACUACGGCGCCGUUCGAGCUGCCAAGUGGUCGUCUUGUGGAAGAAGAAUUCUCAGUGGGGGCUUUGAUUCCGUGGUUCAUUUAACAGAUGUUGAAACAGGGAAGCAGAUAUUUAGCAGCAAAAAUGAGUUUAGGAUCAGCACACUGAAGUUCCACCCUGCAGAGUCAAAUAUCUUCAUUUGUGGAGGGUUCAGCCCAGAAGUUAAAGCUUGGGAUAUAAGGAAUUGUAAGGUGAUAAGAGUAUACAAAGCUGCAGUACAACAGACAUUGGAUAUACUGUUUCUCCAUGAAGGAAGAGAAUUCCUUACAAGCACGGAUGCAGUAAGCCGGGACUCAGCUGAUCGUACCAUUAUUGCAUGGGACUUCCACAGUGCUGCGAAAAUCUCCAAUCAGAUUUUUCAUGAGCGUUACACUUGUCCAAGUCUGGCUCUGCACCCAACAGAGUCUGUAUUUGUUGCUCAGACAAACGGAAACUACAUGGCAUUGUUUUCUUCCCAGCGACCUUACCGAAUUAACAAAAAGAAAAGAUAUGAAGGACAUAAGGUGGAAGGAUUUGCAGUGGGCUGUGAAUUUUCUCCAGAUGGAACACUUUUGGUGACAGGAAGUUCAGAGGGCAAAGUGUUUUUCUACAACUAUCAUACUGCUAGGAUUAUUCGCACUUUGUCUGCACAUAAGGAAGCCUGUGUGAGUGCAGCAUUUCACCCCAUCUUGCCAUCACUCCUUGCAACAUGUGACUGGGCUGGAGAAAUCAAGAUCUGGCAAUAACAAACGACAGUUAUUUUUCAGGAUAUCUCCUGUGAACCUAUCAAAGGCAUAGGGUCUGGUGUUUCAGAAUGGAUAAGCCAAGGUAUGCAGUGUGGAUUUUUGUUGUGAGUAGAAGAGAUUGUUACCUUUUUUUGCUGUGACCUCUAAAUGUAUGCUUCGAUAAUACAAUUAAGCUGAUCUUGAUCUUCUAGUUGAUAAAGAAAGAAGUGGUCUUACUAUCUUCCCAGGCAUUGGCCACAAAUUUCUGCCUUUUUUGUGUCAACCUUCUUGUGCUUGUCUAGCCCUAGACUGGUUUGAGUAGCUAAACUUGAGGAAAACUAUUAAUCUUUUUAUGUAGCUUUUCACUAUAACUCUCUCCCCUGGUCACUGAAGGGUUAGACAAGCAUCAGUGUUGUUCGAGGGAAAACAGCUUCCUCUGCACACAGGAAAGCAGGUGGGACUGCCUCUUCUGGAAGCAGGUAGUCUUUUAAUCAACGCAGCUUAUUGUUAAAUGCCGCUUAAGAAUUCUAGGCCAAGGUUUUGAAGAUAACUUGGAGUUAAUUCUGGAAGUCAGUAUGUUAGUGUUCUCAAAAUCUCCUAUCUAAACUUACGAGUCUUAAACUUGCUUUUAUGACUGUGUAUAAAGAAAAUGUAAAUGAAAAUAUGUAAAUAUUUUUACUAA